AUGGCGACCUCCACUGUCCUUUCUAAUUGGAAGGGUAGAUGUUUAUUUGAAGCGAGAGUUUUAGGAAGUUUUGCGAGUGGUUAUAAGAUCAGUAGCAUGCUGAACAAUUUCUUGAGGCCUGUUGUGUGUUUCAGCCGGAAUUUUGCAAUCAAAGUGACGUUUCCUUGGACUCAAAAUAGCACAGGUUGGUGAGGUGACUUGCUGUUAACUGAAUUACUGUUUUUGUCCCGUUUUCACGUUGUAGAUAAGCUUAAAACCCAUUCUCAGGUUAAACCAGGAUUCAAACUAAUUUGAUUGAGAAUUUCCUUUGUUUACAAGUGUAAAUUAUCUAUAGGAAAAAAAGGAAAUUCUGGUUGAUACCGUGAACGGAUGUUGCCUUAAAAACGGCACAGCACCCAGCAGGGGACGUUCCAUUUUUUAUCCGCCAGCCUCCCCACUGAAAUCCUGCGAUUUUUACCCGCGCUCAAAAUUUUCCAAAGCCGAGAACCAUCUGGUCAUUUCAUGUUCUGUUCGCUUUCAUCAGAUUUUUAUCCCAAAGAUCCAUUUAUUCACCGACUGUGUGGGUCAGUGCUUCUCUACCGUAAAAUGAAGUUGGCACCUGAGUAAGUAAUAGAAAGGUUACUUAUACUUAUAGCCUGAAUUUUAGCCAUCCCCUCGAAUUGCAUACUAGGCUGAUUUAGCAACAGAACGGAAACAUCAGUUGAUGACGGUGCCAAAAAAUCAAACAACUGGUUUGACCAAUGGCAGAGGGGCAAAUUGGGCAUGGGAAGUCACAUUUAGUCCUUUUUGGGCGCUUUCCCAUUGUCAGCUGACAUUCCCGUUCUGUUGCUAAAUCAGGGUACUCUCGGCUUGAGUAUGUCACUCGAGAGGAUGGCUAAAAUUAAAGCUAACUUGAACAUAGCUCCAUGUAAACUUUAAUGGAGUAAAGAAGAGUCAUGUUUUACGGGUCCAGUGGUGCACAACCCUUCAAAACAAAACCCAACGAAAUUUACUUUUCCAACGGUUGCAACCAAAAUACUGGGUGUAAAGUACAGGUCACAUUUCAUAGGUCAAGAGAAGAAGUCACUGCUCCCACGAUAAAUUACCAAACCACACAGGUUCCCCUUGAUCUAAAUGAGAAUUUUGUUAUGAAAUUAGGGCUAGGAGACACUUUUACUGCUGUUCAUUUAUCUGUAUCAUGGUAACCUAUACUCUGAUCUUCAGAAAAGUGAUCUAUAUUUUAGAGCCACCACAUAAUGACCUCAAAUCGAACUUGAUCUGAUUAGUUUCCUAAUCCUACAAUGCAAUAACUAGACAUCAGGGCCAUUCCAUAUUUUCAGCUGUCAAGCAGUCUGUAAAAUACUCCUACCAAAUACCAUCUUGUAAAAUGAUCUAUGAAAUGAAUGAAUGAGCCUUCACAUGUGUGAGUCUGGUUGCUAGCAAUUUCUCUUUCUUGUAAAGGACCCGUUCUAGUUGCAGUUCUUCAAACUCUUUCAAGGUUGUGUUGACUAUAUAUUAUUUUCAUUGAUCCCCCUGUUAGCAAACAACCCACACAUCAAGAUUUUAUGUUCUCUUGCAGGAGUAGGUUUCUUAAAAGAGAGAAAAUUCAUUGCAUUUUAUGUUAUUACACUAAGUUGUCACUAAACAAGUCAUCAUACAUGUUUCCAAGUUGUAAAAAUAACCUUCUAAUGAUACAAUUUUAAUUUUCUUUCAUUUUUCUCUCAAGAAAACCAACUUCUUUGUUUGUGUCACUUUCAGUAACUUACUUAAAUUGUCUGUUUGUUUAUUUUUUCCCUUUAAGUGGCCAACUAAAUCCAAAGGAAUUUCUUAAAACUGCAAAGGUAUGCCUAAUUAAAUAACCUAUGAACAAGGCAAACAUGAUUCAAUCUUCAUCAUCAAUUAUUUGUCAAGCACAUGUUCAUAUUAUCAGAAAGACCAGUGUUGUGUGAGUGUGCAAAAAUUGUCGAUGACUACCAUGCUGCUGAACCCAUCAUUGCUUUAUUUCUGUGUACGGUGAAGGGUUGCAGUUUUUAUGUGCAAUUUGUUACAAUUGUCACACACCAAAAUGCCAAUCAGGGCCCAGUAUGUUGUUCGAAAGGUGGAUAAUGCUAUCCAACAGGCCCCAGGUGUUCAAAAGUUGGAUAGCACUAUCCAUCGGAUAGAUCACCAUCCAACGGAUAAAUGUUAGCGAAACCAAUUGCGCUAUCCGGUGGAUAGCUUUAUCGACCUUUUGAAGAUGAAUCUCUAUCCAGUGGAUAACACAACUGGUUUCCCUAUAACUGAUCCACUUGAUAGUGAUCUAAUAAUUGUCCUUCAGAUGGCGCUAUCCAACUUUUUAAACAAGCAGGGCAAGAUGUUUGUUUUGUAGACUUACUUAAUUUGUUUCAAAUUAAAUGUAUUUUCUUUGUGUUUUAGGACUGUAUCAUGAUUAUGAGUGGUUUAGUUUCUCAGAUGGAUCCUGAUGGGAUGAUGAGUGAUCUGUUAGGUGAUAAAGUUAGUUGUAGCUCCUUGCAGCACUACUCAUAACUAAUCAGCAGUUGUUUCCGAUGUAAUUUGUCUGUGUGUUAAACAUUGGACAUCUUUCUACAUUAUAUUGUCUUUGUCCUCUCUUUGUAUUCACUUACUGGGAGCAGGAUGCAAAGUGGACGCCUUCAAAUGGCUGCCAAUUAUUGGACCUACUAUUUACAUAGGAUGACUGUUAUUGUGUUUGUUCAAACAGUCAAGAGUGUAGCCAGGAGCAUUGUCAAGUACUGCAUUCAUGCUUCACCAAACAGACUGUAUGUGGCCCAAGUGUUCUCAUAUAGAUUUAAACGGGCCUCUUAAAUUUUUUUUUUGGUGGAGGGGGGGGGGGGGGGGGGGCAGUGUGAGAUGUCAGGAGUAUGUGGUUGAGUAAUUGGUAUGCGUACGUACGAUGAUUGUGGUGGGUGGUUGGAUUGGUGAUGUGUUGUUUUGUAGUGGGGUUGUGUGGUUGUUUGGUGGGUGUGGGGGGGGGGGGGGGGGGGGGGGGGGGGGUGCUAACAUUGUUGAUAAUGUCCCAUAACUUAAGGUGACUGUUGGUAUUUUUUUUUCUGAUGAUUUUUUUUUAGGUCCAAGACUAGAUAAGAUUUUCAAAGAUGCAUUUGCAACAAUAUUAGAAAAUAACUUAAUCUUACGUCUGGUAAGCAAAAAUGUGUUCGUCUUCAAUAUUAAGCCACUAGUCAUCAUCUACUAGUGUUAUGAUCAACUCAGAAUAUUAUAAAAAUUUAAUGCUUUCACUAGAGGAAAAGAUUAAUUUUCCUGGCUGUUAUGGGUGGUGGUAAGUGGUUAAGAUAAGUGCUUUAAAGCUGUUUUCCCACUUGAAUUUUUUUAGUGCAAAGCAAAGUAAAGUUGAGCACCAUACAUUAGAGAAACAGUGAACAUUUUUUUUAACAAUCUCCAUGUCACUGCUCGUAGCAUAAAACUGAUGGUCAUCUGCAUACACUGUGCAUGUUGCGGUUAACAUCAAUAUCAUACAGUAUCAUACAUAUGUAAGAUUUCUGAUAAAUGUUCCAAACGAGUGGCCCAAAUGCUGACCCCUGAGGGCACCCCCUGGACACCAUCUCCCAUUCACUUACUACUGGCCCCAGUUUGACUCUAUGAAAACGAUCUGUAAAAUAAGAGUCAGGCAGCUUGAAACUAUUGUAGCUUACAUGGCAAGUUUUCAAUUUAGCUAACAUGAGAGGGUGGUAUAAGGAUGGGUAUAAUAAUUAUAAAAGGCAGCUGCACAUGUGCACAGGGGACCCAUGAUCAUGGACUCACAGGGCUUACAGAGGCUGUACCCUUUUACUUCUAUAAAAAUAUACUAAUAAUGUUAUCAUGUUAAUUUUUAUUUUAUUAUUUAAUUUGGCUUUAGGAGGUGUCAAGUGUCUCAAAUCUUCACAUCGCAGGUAAAUUGUACAUUGAUAACUGAAUAAUUGAUAACUGAAUAAUUGUUCUUAAAACUAAAUAACGCAACCCCUCUAAAAAAACUGACAAUACCAUCAACAGUAGAUAUCCCAUAGCAUAAUAAGUAUUAAACGAGCACCAUGUUGUAUCCUUGAAACAUAGCAUACCAAGUAGGUGUAUAACGCUAAUAGAAAAGUGGCUGGGGUGGGGGGAGUUAAUCUCUUUGGAGAUGUCCUCUUAACCUCAGGAAAUCAAAAUGGUUAUAUUGUCACAAGAACUGCCUCUUACCCCCAUAUAUCCCUCUCAUCCAGCUUAAAAAAUUUGGGGUUUAAGUUAGCUUCAUCGCAUAUCCAUCUUUUAAGAAACUUCUAUAUGAGAGCUAGAAUAAGUUUGUGCUUCCUUUCUUAAAUGUAUUGCUGAGAUCCCUCAGACCUCCAUUAGUUCGUGUGUUAUCUUUUCAUAAUUUGGAUUUUGGGAUUUUAUUUGAACACUGAAAGUCACAUUGGACUAUUUACCAUCUUUCACUUGAUGCAUUUGUGUCUGAUGGUAUCAUGUACCUUGAAAUUUUUUCCCAAUUACAGCUGUUCGCAAUACUCUAGGGCCAUCAGAGCCCAGCAGAGACUGUUAUGUAAAGAAUGGUCUGGGGCAGAGGUUAUUUCUUGAGCCAGAUCAUAUAGAAGAGCUAAAAGGAAGUAAGUCCCCCCACCCACCCAACCCUUCCCACACCUGUGUUACUAAGCACUGAUUCAUUAACUUGAAAGGAACAUAAUUAUAGCUAGCUGCCAUAUAAUUGGGUGUAAGGCUGAACAUGAUGAGUGACAUGCAUCAUCUUGGAAUGAUAUUCUUUUUGGUAUCAUUACUCAGUACUACUGUCAAACUUAACAUAACCAUUAACACCUGAAAUAUUUCAGGAAGACUCAUUGUGUUAUGACAAAUCACAGCAAAUUCUGGUGUUCACAGUUUUGCUUGUUUCACAGUAAAAUGGGACCAUCACUUCCUCCUCAGUAAUCCUUCUUUCCCACCCUUAUUUUUGCUCCAUUGAUUUCAUUUUUCGUACCAUUUUUAUCUGGUUCCUAUACAGGGGUUAGGGGCCAAUGCAACAUGAGUGAAAAUUUUCGAAAGUGGAUUCUGUGAAAUACCAUUUCCGCACUAGCCUUCUGGGUAAACAAAUAAGAGGGCAAGUUUACAAAGGCUCAACUCUGUUUUUUCUAAACAUACAAAAAUAAUCCUUGUUAUUUAGACCUAUUUCAGACUUCUGUUAUGUGUGAAAGUGCCAGACCUUUUACAUCAAACAGCCAGAUGUUACACCUGGUCUCCAAUCUCAAAAGGACCCUCUGUCCUAUGUCUUGUAUGUUUGUAGUUUCUGAGCUGUCCCAGUCUAGAAAUAACCUUGAAUGCCUGAAAGUUGUGCAUGUAGGUUGGGUGAAACAUCAGGUGAUAAAUAACCUUUUUUUGUCUCUUUCCUUUUCAAGGCAUUCUUCUACCACCAGAGAUACUUGGAAAAUUUGUUCAUAAAUUUCAAAUUGGCGUAAAGUUUGUGACAGAAGAAAAGUGAGUGUUGAUUCUCAUUUACGUAGAUUAUGAAACCAUGAUUUGAAUCAGGUCACUUUGUCCUGCCAGAUCAGUCUCUACCUAAAUAGUAUGCAUGGCGGUAAUUGAGCAAAAACUUUUGAAAAAUAAAAUGACAGGUGUAGCUGUAGCCUGACUCUCAGACGUCCGAGGUCGUUCGCAGCCCCUUCACUUCUGUCCUUCUCGAAGGGGCCGCAAACGACCUGGGACGUUUGAGAGUCAGGCUAGUGUGGCUUUUGGCUCAUCAGGCAAACGUUGGGGAGUCUUGCAGACACACCCUCCGAUGAUUGAUUAAGACUUAUUAGUUGUAGUGAAAAGAGAACUCUUAUAGUUAUUUAUUUUACUAGGGGUCGGGAUGACCUUUUACGAAACUAGAAAACUGUUUAUCUCGCUACUUAGUCUUUAUGAAAGUGAAUGGAGAUCAGAAUGAAACAUGUGGGUAUCAUGGCUUAAAGGGCUACGGUUUGCAACACAUGUGCAUGUCAAUAAUUUAUUAUAGCACUUCUGUGUUGAAUAGUAAUGAGUUCAUUUUUAUUCGCACAGGUUUUACAUCAGAACAAGUGAUGGCCAAAUAGUGCAAGGCUCAGAAAACUCAGCCAUUUCACAUCACAUGUGGCUUUUUGAGUCUCCAUUUUGUAAAGAGAGACUGCUCAGAAAUGAAUACCCACUAUCAUGGAGAGUGGUGGACAUGGACCAGUGUGUGCAGUUUAGACUGCCUCUUUAUAGACCACUUUCUUCCUACUUUGAAAAUAAGCGGAACUUAUAG